AGGAAUGAAAGCUGUGUAAUAUUGCUUGACAGUACAUCUGACAGCAGUUUUCAACUGGCAGUUUACUGACUCUUUGGAGCCGGAGCUAACCCCUGCUCGACAGAUACUAGAUUGUGACCAAACUGAUUCCGUGUGGCAAGUCCAUGGUCAGCGAAGUAUGGGGUCAGUGUGAUAAGUGACAGUCAAUGAUCUGCUGCAGUUUGUAAGUCGCUGCACACUAAAGUCUUCACAAAUUAUCGGAACUAUUCUACUGUUGUAAGCGUCUGUAUAUCAUUUUGGGGUGCAGAAAGGGAAAUCAUAGAGUGUUGCGCAGCUGCUGCUGCCCCCGACCUGCAGACAUGGCGCUGUUAAAGACAAUCUGGACUUAGGUGGUAGUGCGUGGAGUUAAGGCUCUGGAAAAACGAGGACCAGUGAUCAGAAGGAACUGUAUGCUUAUGACAUACAUUUUUUUAUUUUAACAUCUAACAUUGGAGACGUUUGAUCAGCGGUGAAACGCCUAACAAUGCUCGAGAAGUCAUGUCUGAGGCACAAGUGGACCUAAGCGGAAUCCCAUACCCUGUGGGGCUAGAAGAAGGUCUGCCACUGAACUCCCAGAGUUGGGUAUCCAAUAGACACAACUCCUACAAAUUAAGCCGCCGAAAUCCUCCAGAUUUACUUGAUAACAUAAGUUUAUCUUGGCAACCCGAAUCCCAAAUGGUGCUUGCCAAACAGGAGCACAGUGGUGCAGGUAUCUGUAGCCCCCUGGGCACACUGCCUUCCAUACAGCAGGGUGGGACUUCUGACCAAGGCAGGGAUGGCAGCACCAGUGGUGGCACGUCCCCGGUAACCACUGCGCAAAUGCCAGGUGCCUGCACUUCUGGAUCAGAGGAUGAGUGCAGCAACCAGAGGAAAAAAGCCAAGGGCAGCUUGUCUUCACGGUCCACGUCGGAAGACAAGUGCGAACAGCAGGAGGAGGAAGAAACUGAAAUGCAGGCAGUUGCCUCUUCACCUAACGGCAGGUACCUGAAGUUCAACAUAGAGAUCGGGAGGGGCUCUUUCAAGACAGUCUAUAAGGGUUUAGAUACAGAGACUACAGUGGAAGUGGCAUGGUGUGAAUUGCAGACUCGGAAACUGACCAAGGCAGAGCGUCAGCGGUUUAAUGAGGAGGUUGAAAUGCUGAAAGGUCUCCAGCACCCCAAUAUUGUACGCUUUUAUGACUCUUGGAAAUCUGUGGUGAAGGGGCAAGCAUGUACGGUUCUUGUGACAGAACUGAUGACUUCAGGGACUCUAAAAACCUACCUGAAAAGAUUCAAGGAGAUGAAAUUGAAGCUUUUUCAGAGGUGGAGUCGACAGAUCUUAAAGGGCCUUCAUUUUCUUCACACACGCUCUCCUCCCAUCAUCCACAGGGACCUGAAGUGUGAUAAUAUUUUCAUUACAGGGCCAACAGGUUCUGUUAAGAUUGGAGAUCUCGGCCUUGCAACACUGAAGUGUUCUUCUUUUGCAAAAAGCGUAAUAGGAACACCAGAAUUCAUGGCUCCUGAGAUGUAUGAGGAGAAGUAUGACGAAGCCGUGGACGUUUAUGCAUUUGGAAUGUGUAUGCUGGAAAUGGCCACGUCGGAAUACCCAUACUCAGAGUGCCAGAAUGCAGCCCAGAUUUAUCGCAAGGUCACCUCUGGCGUGAAGCCUGACAGCUUUUACAAAGUCAAAGUCCCUGAGCUUAAGGAGAUCAUUGAAGGAUGUAUUCAUAUGAACAAUCAGGAAAGAUACACCAUCCAGGAUCUUUUGGAACAUCCAUUUUUUCAAGAAGACACUGGAAUUCGUGUUGAACAAGCUGAGGAAGAUGAUGGUGUAAAAAAUACUCUUAAACUCUGGCUACGGAUUGAUGACGCAAAGAAGCUACAUGGCAAAUACAAGGACAACAAGGCAAUUGAGUUCCCUUUUGAACUGUAUAAAGACAUUGCAGAGCAGGUGGCUCAGGAGAUGGUAGCUCUUGGGCUUAUAUGUGAAGCUGACUACAAGAUUGUUGCUAAGGCCAUUCGAGACAGAACCUUGUCCAUCAAAAAGAAACGGGAGAAGCAGAAACUUGUCAGGGAGGAGUUGCGGAAAAAGUCCCAAGAAGCACAGAUGCAACGCACUGUGCAGAUCAUGGAAGAGUAUCGGACUUCACAAAACCAGAAGCAAGUUGGAAGCACAAAUCAGCUGCCAUCCCUUCCAGGGACUCCAGGUUCUACUCUCUCAAGGUGCAACUCUGCAGUUCCCCAUGAGUCUGAAGAGCCAGAGGCAGAUCAGCAGUCUCCUUUCAACUUUCGACUUGCCAGCCUCUCUUCAGCUCCAUCGGACUGUGAGUUGGAUGGUUACUUUAGCUCUCCAAGCUUCCAGGAUUCUUCAGAUGUUUAUCAUACACCGUCAAGUACUGUCUCACCAAUAGAGGGCAGUGUUGCCACAUAUGUCCAACCAGAAAUCCGAUUCCUCACAAGUUUUGCAGUGCGACCAAACUCAGAGAAUUUAUCCUCGGCAUCAGCAAGUGGAUUCACUACACCUGCAGACAGUUGCACUUCUGAUGUACAGAGUGAUGGAUAUGAAGGGUUGGCUUCAGGAGAUAAAAAUAAGAAACAGGUUGUCCGACGUUCUCCUGGAAAACUUCUGCGUAAGAGAUCAAGAUCCAGGCUCCGCAUCAUUGAGAUUAUGAACAAAGGUGACAGGGUGGUCGAGUGCCAGUUACUUACCUAUAACAACAAGAUGGUGACAUUCAAAUUUGACUUGGAUGGAGACAAUCCACAAGAUAUUGCAGCUGUGAUGGUGGAUAAUCGCUUCAUAUUACAAUCAGAGCGAGAAAACUUUAUUAACUGGAUCCAAGAUAUCAUCGUCAAAGCAGAAAACUUGCUGAAGAAAGACAACCAAGAGGGCAGCCAGGAUGCAGAGCAAAAUAUUAAGUCUGCAGAAGUGGUUUCACCAGGUCUACAGGCUGAUUUACAUUUGCAUGAAGUGUCACAGCGGCUUACAUCUUUUUCACUUAGUGAAUCUGGGUGCAGUCUUGUGUCUCCAUUCAGCCCUGGCUCCGACUGCGAAACAUGUGGCACCCCUGAUGUUUUGUCACCAACCGAGCCUUCCCCAACAUUGUCACAAAUCUUCAGAAGCCCCACAGAGUUCCCAACUACGGUUAGUGGAAAUGAAGGACCAUCUCUCCCAUAUCAAGAGUUCCCAACUAUGGUUAGUGGAAGUGAAGGACCAUCUCUCCCUUCCCAAGGCCCCUCCUUCUCACCUGCUGAUUCCCAGCUACAGCCACGGCGCCUUUUUAUCGAGACUGCUGCAGAUGUCUGUAAUGGGGAAUAUUUCCUAUUUAGCCCUACAUCUCUGCAAAGCAUUUCAGCAGCACUAUCAUCAGCAGUUCCAACAGAGAGCAUCAACAGCUGUCCUCAGAGCCCUGUCGUUCCCAUGUUCCCAGUAAUGUCACCACCUCAGGAAGGAAUUCUGCAACAAGUAACACAAAGAAACACCAUGCCACAGACUAUGGAUAACAUCAGCCCUCCUGCUGUGACAUCUCUGCAAUCAGUAGUGAACAUUCCUUGUACAUCAGUGUAUAAUAUGACAAAUGUAGUUACACUUGCUUCAAGUACACCACAGUUAUCUGUGCCAUCUAGAAGAACCAUCAGCCAUCAGGGCAGUGUGACUGAAAAUGGUGCACAAAUGACUAACUCAUCUCAAGCAAUAAAUCAGCCAAUUCCUUCAAUGGCAUCUACAAGAGUAAGUGAUGGGACAUGCAGACAGGGACAAACUGAAUAUAUGACUUUUGAACAAAGAAAACUGACAGAAAUGUCUUCACAAACUCAGUGUCCCUUCAUUUUAGAAAAUCCUGUCUGUACUGUACCACCAUGCACAGAUACAGAUGUUAUUUCUGUAAAUGGGAGUUUGCCGCAAAACUGUUCAGCACCACUGCCCAAUGUACUGUCUCCAGCCUCGCUGACAGCUCCUGUCCCCCACCGUGCCACAUCUUCUCUACAGGACUUUCAGCGGUCACUCUCACAGCUUUUAACUAGUCAAAGUAUACCCCUUUAUUCAAUGAGCUCACAUAAGGCACAGCAGGGAACUUUGGGAACAGCUAAACUUUCUGGAGCUGCCACUGUAGAUUCUGACACAAAGUCAUUCAAAGAAGAAAAAGUGAGUAGAACUAUGCUGCCUUCACAGAGGUCAUUUGAUUUGCCUGAUUCCUCUCCUGUAAAAGAAUCUCCAUUAAACACUCCAAGAGAGCCAUUGUCACCUGUAGAAGAAGACACAAAGGCCACAGUUGUGGGAAGAUUCCAGAUAACCCCAAUAAAGGAUUCAUCAAGUAAGAGUACAGAAGAAAUGAGUUGCAGCAGUCGAAGUGAAGACCAAACGCAGGUGUUUUCUGAACAGUACCCUGUCCCAGUUAAUUCCAAAGUAUCACAGCAACUGGAGACACAUGUAGACGUGGUUGGUAAUGGUGACAAGGACACUAACAUCACAAACACUAAACUGGAAUGUACCCCACUCCCCGAGUCAUCCAGUUCAACUUCUGAAAGCAGUGAAGAGGACUGCACAGAGCCCAGCUCUCAUCCAGCUGCAGAUACUUCAGUCCCAUUCCCUGAAGGAAACAGAUCUGCUGAACAAGUGAAUGAAACCGAGGCCACCAAAUUGUCCAGUGACAGCAGUGACAGUCCUACUUUGCCUACUCGACCUGUGACUACUUCCUGGAUGUUUUCAAGUUAUCGAGGCGCUUACGUAAGCACUGACGACACUGAGAGUGAGGAUGAGGAUGAGGAAAUGUGGGAAGAACUGCAGGCCCUCAGGGAAAAGCAUAUAUCUGAGGUGCAACUACUGCAGUCUGUACAGAAGAAGGAGAUUGAAGAUCUCUACGAAAAGAUGGGCAAGAUACCUCCUGCAGGGAUUGUGUCUCCAGCUACAGUUCUGUCCUGCCGUCAAAGACGAUUAUCUAAGGGAAGCUACUCCCAGUCUCGUCGCAACAGCUUACAACGCCCGGAGAUCAAGCAGCCAACAGGAAUGAUGCGCAGAAACUCCAUUGGUGGAACCAGCACCGGAUCCCCAGAACGAAGGCUGAAUAAAGGAAUGCUGUUUACCUGACUCUGUAUUAAACUGCCCAGUCUUUGGUGCAGCACAAAUCAUAAAGAAAUGAUUUCGUUUUUUGGCUACCUCAGGAAACUUCUGCACUUUUUCCUUUCUUCAUGAAGCUGUUACAGAUGUUAUCAAGCAGGAUGAAGCAAAGGACACAAUGGAAUGUACUGCAUUUAUUGCCAGCCAGCGCUUGCAAGGAGGUGCAAUUCAAAACGCCUUGCACAAGGGAGCAGUAUGAAUGUGAAUAGUGCUGUCACAUAGUAAGGAAUUCAGCUGCGGAGUGUCUGUCCCCAAGACAAGAGGGGGAUGUUAAUUUUACUACUGAAUGGUACAGUGAGUCGAUAUUUAUCCAGACCUGCAGUAUUGGGUUUGCAUUGGCAUAAGCACAGAGGAUGGUAGUCCUUUCACAUGCUCACUGAUACCCAUUCAGCUAGACUAAUGCAUAACACUAUCUUCUGCUUGUCUGUAAGUAUAAGCAACAGUUGUCACCUGCCAGGGACAGCUGUGAAUCAUGACUGAUGAAAACAUGCCAUUGCAAGCAGUCAGAGAAUAUCUUCUAUACCAUGUAUUUCAUGAUGUGCAAUAGUGAAGUUUAUGCUGACAAAAAGAAAACAAGAAGCAAAAGAAUGCAUUCAGUUUUAAAAUUCAAGUUUCCACACUGCGUCUCACUGUCAGGCUGUAAAGUGUAAAUCAGGAAUUCAUAUUAACAGAAAUUUGUAUAAUUUAUUUCACUUAACAUUGGCAGUAGCCAUUUGGUGAGAAGUGCAGCUCUGAAAUGUGAAAAUGUGAAGAACUGUUUGGACUUUUUUUUGGGGGGGGGCGAAGGACAGUAUUCAAAAAAUAGAAAAUACAACAUUUAAAAUUAAGAUAAUAUUUGUUAUAGCAUACUGACUUUAUUUUACUAACUAUGUAACUUUUAUGAUUCUAAUGUGACUUAAAGAAAGAUUUCUAUUUAAAAUAUGGGUCUUUUCAAGCCCAGUCUGAAACCAAAUAUGAAUGUUAACAUAUUUGUUCUGGUAACAAUCCCACAAGCCCCAGGGCUAACUUAGUUAACAUAAAAAAGGAGACACACAGCUAGGUUGCUAAAAUGAUACUAUGACUGGAGUGUGGCCGUAAAAUACAUGUGCAAUGAUUUCUUUCAGGCAUACCUGUCAACCUCAGCACAAGAAAUCUUGCCAAAGCUGAUAUAAUGGGUGGAUAAAGGCCUAAUAAAAGGGACAGAUUUUAAAUAUCACUUACAAACUUAGAAAGUUGAUAGAAUAACAGGAUUUGUCUUAACACUCAUUUUUCUGAAGGCUAUGAAGUCUGAAACAUAAAUGUAAGUCAUUAUUUAGUAACUUCAGUCUUCCAAUCACCCCAGUGAUUUGACUGAAAACCACAAGUUUUAUGAGAAACAGGCCAAAAAUAUGAGGCAAAAAUCUGGACAGUUUGAGAGGUAUCCUUUCAGGCACAGUGAGUGAAGAGCAUUCCCUAGUGUAAAACUCUAAGGACAAUUUUCAUCACGAUUACAGCAUUUCCAAUCAGGCAAUUUUUCUGAUUUUAUGUUUUUCUAUGCCAGUACAGAUCUUGCAAGGCACUUGUUGCAUGUUUGUUAUUUAUUAAAGACUGCAUCUAUAAAAUGCAUUAACUGUAGCAUCACUAAAUAUUAGGUCAUCUGGCACUCCAUGCAAGUUUAACAGACUGGCACCCCCUCCACCCAAUUAGUCCUAUGCACCUGUGCGCAGCAAUGACCUCUGUCUGCACCUGUGCAGAGCAACAGCAGGCUGGUAUUUGUUGAGGGAGAAUAAGUACAGUAUUGGUCUUCUGUUUUUUAUUUAAGAAGCCAGUGAUGAUAUUGUGGCUUCUUAAAUAAAUGCAUUUCACUAAAACACACAGCUACUGAAUGUGUGCAUUUAAAAACUGCAAUACCACUUGUAGCUUUUUAAAUAAAUGCCAGUACUGCACUUGCUCCCCAUUGGCAACUGCUGAUUGUGCACCCUAACAACUUGUACCCAGGUUUGCUGCUACAUCACCCCCACCCUAAUUACAGCUCUGUGUAAUGCACACACAGCAUGAUCUGCUGCUGAGAAUAGGAUGUGUUUCUUGUUUACAUUAUCAGGUUGAAUUACUCUUUAUAUCUUUGCACAGUUUGUAAAUUAAACUUGUUGGUACGAGCCUGUUAAGGAUUGUACAUAACUGGUCUUACAUGCCCUAAACUUUAUGAUCAGAUUAUCCUGUAAAGUUACUAACACUAUUUAAAGAUGGUUACACAGCCCAUACGAAGCUGUAAGGUCAGCAAGAAAAGUAUGGCCCCUUUAAAAGAGUACUGUGCCCCACAAAGACUUUUCUCCAUAGUAUUAAAAAAAUAGACAUUUUACAUGCCUCACUACUCUGCAGUUUUCUGAAAUAACCUCUUCAACCCUAUCAUUAAUUUUGUGCAUGUGUGAUUACAGAUGUAUGCCUCAUAUAUUCAACUUGCUGGAAUUCAUAGGGCAGAAACAGAUUUAUGCCACACAUUUAACUUGCUGGAAUUUAUGGGGUGGAAAUCUGAAAUUGCACUAGCUGUGCUACAGAUGUGGACAGAAUUCAACAUUUGUGAGAGAAUUUGCUUAAAAAUAUCCAUGGUGCUGUUGGGCAUCUGAGGCAGGUAAUGUGCCCUUUUUAUAUAACAUGGAAAAAGUAUUUUCAGGGAUACAGUAUUCCUUUACUACCAUACCUCUCUGUUGAAAUUAUGGUGAUCUGGAAGCACAAUGCUUUAGCGUAACAGAAUUAUUAGGCACCAGAGCUGUAUCUGGUUUAUCUAGCACCUGGUGCCUGCCCCAUUCCGGAGCUCCAUCUGCGUGCUACAGUAGAUUACACCACAAGAAGAGCUGAAUGCUUUUCUGUACAGACAUUCAAAAAAUAAUGCAAGAACUGCACCUCCCAGUCAUGCCCCCUUGUGCUCAGAGCAGCUGCCCCCUUCACUGCACCUUUGCUAUGGUUCUUUUAGGUAUAAACAUACUAAUCAGCAAUGGAAUAUUAUUAAAACUGUUUCGCUAGGUAUUUCCAGUUGUGGGUGCAUUGCAUUUAAAAAGUCCUUUCAAAUUUAAUCUACAACAAGCUCUCAGCAGGCCAGUUUUGUAUAAAGAGAUAUAAUUAGGGUGGGGCAAAGUGGUGGCUAUCCUGGGCACAAGCUGUAAGGGGGCAAUUGGCAGUUACUGAUGAGGCACAAUUGCAAUACCUGCAUUAAUUUUUAGAAGCUGCAGGUGAUAGUGUGGCUCCUUAAUACUGGGUGCCUCAUUAGAAAUUGCUGUCAUUGUACCACAGUUAUGAACCUGAAAAUAUAUUUAACUUUGGGAAGACUAUUUUUGGUCUUCAAUUUCAGGUUAAUGGGGUGCCAGUCUGGGGAUCUACCUAGGUUACCAGAUCACCUAGCAAUAGCUCUGAUUGUGUAUGAUAUGAUAUGACCUUUCAAGUUAAUAUGUAACUACCUAGCAUCAAAAUUACAUACACAUUAAUAUAUUUAAUAGUAAAGCAGGACUUUUGGCAGCAUGUACCACACUAGCUUGCUUACACAGGAAUAUAAACCACCAUUCUUCAUGUAUAUUAGACCAACUAAAGGAACACCUGGAUUCAAAUGUACUACUACAUGCAAUCUGUAUUAAUGGACAAAAGUAUAAAUAACCCAUAGUGCGUCAAAAAUAUUCUCUCACAGCAAGAGGUUCUCUGGUUCGAUUCCUGGCUGGAUCACCUUCUGUGCAGUCUGCAUGUCCUCCCUGUGGUCGAGCGAAUUUUAAAGGCAUGC